AUGACCGCCCUUCUUCGAAACGAGUGCAAGCAGGCCCUCGCAAAGAGUCUGCCAUGGACGAAAUCGCCCCUCGUCAUCAGCGCGCCCAUGCGCGUCAUGACGGGGCCGGGCCUGGCCGUCGCCGUCUCCUCCGCCGGCGGCCUGGGCUUCCUGGGGCCGACCCUCAAGCCAGAAGACGUCUUCGCCGACCUCGACAAGGCCGCUGAGCUCCUCGGGUCCUCGCCCAUCCAGGGCGCCGCAGGCCCCUCGCUGCUCCCCAUUGGCGUCGGGUUCCAGACGUGGAACGGCGACCUCGAGGUGGCCGUGUCUGCCGUGGCCAGGCACCGCCCCUGCGCCGUGUGGCUGUUCGCACCGCGUCGCGGCCAGGCCGAGCUCGACGAAUGGACCGCCGCCAUCAGGAGCGCAUCGCCAGACACGCGCGUCUGGCUGCAGGUCGGCUCCCUCGGCGAGGCUGUCGACGCCGCCGCCAGCGCGACACCCCCCGACGUGCUCGUCCUCCAGGGCGCCGAGGCAGGCGGGCACGGCAGGCACAGGGACGCCCAGGGCACCAUUGCCCUCGUCCCAGAGGUGUCGGACGCCCUGGGGCACAGCGGGAUUCCUCUGGUUGCGGCGGGAGGCAUCGUCGACGGGCGCGGCGCGGCGGCUGCGCUGGCACUGGGCGCCGCGGGCGUGGCCAUGGGCACGCGGUUCCUGGCGUCCAGCGAGGCCCGGAUCAGCAAGGGCUACCAGAGCGAGGUUGUGCGAGCGUCCGACGGUGCUAGGAAUACCGUGCGCACGCAGCUGUACAACCAUUUACGUGGCACGUUUGGCUGGCCGGAGCCCUUUUCGCCUCGCACGCUGAUCAACAGGAGCUGGAGGGAUCACGAGGCCGGCGUCCAGUUCGACAGGCUCAAGGAGCUGCACGACGAGUCUGCCAAGACUGGCGAUGCGGGCUGGGGUCCCGAGGGGAGGCUGGCAACGUAUGUCGGCGCCGCGGUAGGACUGGUUCGGCGUGUGGACGAUGCGGCGGUGAUUGUGCGCGAGACGCGGGACCAAGCAAGGGCCAUUCUUACAUCAGUGGUUGCUCAUCUGUAG